GUUGAAACGAAAGCGGAAAGCCAACUGGAACGAAUCGCAUCCGAAAGCAGAACCAAAAAAAGAUGAAGCUCGUCAAAUUUCUACAAAAGCUCAAUCGGGAGCAAGUAACCAUCGAGUUAAAGAAUGGAACCGUGGUUCAAGGAACCGUGGUGGGUGUGGAUGCCACGAUGAAUUGCCAUCUCAAGAAGGCUAAAGUGACCGUGUACGUGAUUCUGGGACGAUCUUGCCUGUAGUUUUUUGCUUGGUAGCGAAAGCGGUGUGGUCGAACGUGCAGCGAUUGAACAGACAGGGCGUUUCUUGUGUGGCGGAGCGAACCGAGCAAAACUGAGUCGGCGCGACGAUUGUUCCGUCCUUCCGUGUCUUGCUGUAUACACAUUUGAUCGCCUGCGCAUCAUGUGUCACGAGACAAAGCAGUCGUGGUAACCACGAGGAUCCUUCGUCUUUGAAUUGCACCGCGUUUGUGUGUUUACCCCCGCUGUGCGUUCCUUCCUACAUUUAAUUCCUAAACGGACGAAAGAACUCUGUGUCACUCACUUGCUACACUCUUGCGCAUGCGCAAUCCUGUUUCGUUUCUUUCUUUGCGUUUUCUUUUGCACCUUUUCUUUGGACCAUCCUCUGUUGGGAAACACUGACUCGCGCCUGCAGGCGCGGGAAAAAUCCUACAUCGUAUUCCACGCUCUCGGUGAGAGGGUCCACGAUGAGAGCCUGGCUGCUUCCCGAAAGCCUCAAUCUGGAUGCGUUGCUCGUCGACGACACCCCUAAGAAAAACACGGCCGUGGCGAAACCUAUGGAUACAGGUCGAGGACGGGGAAGAGGUCGAGGAAGAGGCCGCCGAUAAGAAAAACGCUACAAGUAAAAGAAAACAAUUUACCAGUAGGCAGGUGUUCCAUUAGGGGUUGCUUUGUUGCCAUGUCAUUGUGGAAGAAAGCAGGGAAAGUCGAUUUACGCGUAUAUAUUUGUUGGUCGCACCGAUCGAUAGUUUAGUUUCGAGGAACAGAAACAAGAACCAUUUACGCGACCGUUGAGAGUGGACAAGCAGGGGUGCGUGUCUGUUUUAACAGAUUCUUCACGAUCUAGGGUCACGAAAAACGGAUGUCGUGGAACCUUCUAAUUGAAGAAAUGCUCUAUUAGUCUCGUGUAUGGACCAGGAAGGCUUUCUUUCAUAACAAAAAACAUUCAUAAUUCUUCAGCUUUGUCUAGGAACAACCAAUCCACCAACCACGGGUGUCUUCUAUUUUCCAGUCUUUGUCAUUGUUCCUGUCCAAUCCAGCGUGCACGUACUCUAGUGUCAGAAAAACCAUUGCAAGAAUCUUUUUCGCAUCUCCAUCGGCCGUGGCUUUUUUUCCUAGCCUCAUUAAAAGCCCAGCGACCAUAGUUUCUUUGGAACUUUUUCGGAUAUCGGUUGUCUUCGGUGCGUUCUCCUCGCCAUGGCGACGAACGUGAUUCUAAACACUCUGGCGCACCUUGCCGCUUGUGGUCCAUGCACCGGAACCUUUGGACGAUGGAAGGCCGGCCUCCAGGACGACGACGCAGAUCUCUGGAACGACCUGACGCUUGUCAACUCUGUUCCGGGACCGAAGCCUCCCGCCAUUCCAAGGGUGGUCGAAGUUGUCUCGGUUUCCGGUGACGAUCUCUCUACCCUGGCCUACGAAACGGUGUCCAGCCACCAGCGCUCCCAUUCCCGCGGCCGUGGGCAUCGCAGCGGAUCCCGCCACCCGGCCCCGAUCGAGGAAGAAAAGUCCACCUCGCCGUCGCUGAAGCGAACGAGGAAGGCGCAUCUUCGCGGGGCGGAUUCCAGGAACCACGGGGAUUCGGAUCUCGAACUCGAACAAGCCCUGGAAGACAUUGGGCUCGAAGACGACAGGGGAGCGAGCCGGGGGGGCGGCGAUGCCGAGCUGGAGAGCAUCAUGGGCCCGCGGUCCUACGCCAGCGAAACGAGCCGGGGCCCGCGAUCCCACCUCGGAAGCACGGGCCGGAGCAUCCAGAGGCGCAUCCCCUCGUCCCACACCGCUCCGGUGCGCCUCUCGGCCUCCGAGGCCCACCGCCCACCGUCGCUCCUCCAGCAGAAGCGGGAAGAAUACCACUGCGCCUAUGCGGUCGUUGCGGCCAGCGGAAGCCUCGGGGGCGGGAGCCAGCGGUCGUCUCGUUCGACGAACGCGUCGACGACCACGAGCCGGGAAGAUUCGAAGGAAGAGCAGCUGGAGCUCUGGGACAGCUUUGGGGACGAACUCCCGGAUUCUUGUCGGAGCUACGAUUGCGGGUACAAGAAGAGCGAGGCCGACGAAGAAGAUUACCACGACGAUGGAUCCAGUUACUCUAGCGUGCACCGGAAGCUGUCCUUUUAUCGCAAGAGCACGAAACGAAGCACGCUGUUUCGAAGCAGCAGCAACAACAGCAAGAGCAAGAGCAACCACCACCAUCUUUCCACCAAGAAGGGAGCCAAUCGCGGCGACAAAGACUGGCUGCUGGGUCUGGAACACGGUGGAUCUUCUACCGACGACACCUAUUCUACCGUUCUGACACAGAAUUGCAGCAGCCACUCCCGCAAUAGCUAUCGCAGUAGCAGCAGCCAGCACAAGAAAUACAAGCCGAUCUUUUGACCCCCGAUUGUAUGUACUUUUGAAAGAUCGAUUCCAUAAUAAUAUACUGUACUAGAC